GAAGAAGAAGCGGAACAUGUGACCACCCGCUUACUUCCUGGUUUUCACUGUGACGUCUGAGCGUCUCCUCUCCGGAAGCAGGAAUGUUGAUGAGUCCACAAGGAGCCGCCAUGAGUCCGCCGCUUUUACUGAAGAGACGACUUUCUUUAAAGAACUCGAUCUAUCGAAGACCAGACUCCCCUGAACCAGAUCCGGAUCCUGAAUCCAGCUGUGUAUCCUUCCGAAGCAACCAGUCAAAGCAUGAACCGAUCCUGUUUAACCACGAAUCCUCCGGUCCUGAACCGAGAAUCCAUCAGAGACCAGAGUCCCCUGAACCUGGAUCUGAACCUGGAUCUGAACCUGAAUCUGAACAGAGCUGUGUGUGCUCCAAGAGUGAAAAGUCAAUGGCCGAACCUAUCCUGUUUAAAGAUGUUGAACUGAGAGUGGACCAGGAGAGCUCAGAGGUUCCCAGUGGUCAGUCUGCCCAGCAGCAUCAAACACACCUGGACUCCAUAUUUAUGCUGCUGGAGGACAACAUUGUCACUUUUGUGAAGAACGAGCUGAAGAAGAUCCAGAAGGUUCUGAGUUCAGAUUACCCAGAAUGCUCAGAGAGUCAGAGGGAGGAUGAGGAGGUGUUGGACGGUGAGGAUGAAGAACAGAGGAGGAGCAGAGAGGCAUUACUGAAGAUCACAGUGCACUUCCUGAGGAGAAUGAAACAGGAGGAGCUGGCUGACUGUCUGCAGAGCAAAUCUCCUGCCAUGUUCCAGCUUAACCUCAAAUCUAAGCUGAAGAAGAAGUUCCAGUGUGUGUUUGAGGGAAUUGCUAAAGCAGGAAACCCAACCCUUCUGAACCAGAUCUACACAGAGCUCUACAUCACAGAGGGAGGGACUGCAGAGGUCAAUGAUGAACAUGAGGUCAGACAGAUUGAAACAGCAUCCAGGAAACCAGACAGACCAGAAACAACAAUAAGACAAGAAGACAUCUUUAAACCCUCACCUGGAAGAGAUGAACCAAUCAGAACAGUGAUGACAAAGGGAGUGGCUGGCAUCGGGAAAACAGUCUUAACACAGAAGUUCACUCUGGACUGGGCUGAAGACAAAGCCAACCAGGACAUACUGUUCAUGUUUCCAUUCACUUUCAGAGAGCUGAAUGUGCUGAAAAAGAAAAAGUACAGCUUGGUGGAACUUGUUCAUCACUUCUUUACUGAAACCAAAAAAUCAAGAAUCUGCAGGUUUGACGAGUUCCAGGUUGUGUUCAUCUUUGACGGUCUGGAUGAGUGUCGACUUCCUCUGGACUUCCACAACACUGAGAUCCUGACUGAUGUUACAGAGUCCACCUCAGUGGAUGUGCUGCUGACAAACCUCAUCAGAGGGAACCUGCUUCCCUCUGCUCGCCUCUGGAUAACCACACGACCUGCAGCAGCCAGUCAGAUCCCUCCUGAGUGUGUUGACAUGGUGACAGAGGUCAGAGGAUUCACUGACCCACAGAAGGAGGAGUACUUCAGGAAGAGGUUCAGAGAUAAGGUCCAGACCAGCAGAAUCAUCUCCCAUGUCAAGACAUCACGAAGCCUCCACAUCAUGUGCCACAUCCCAGUCUUCUGCUGGAUCACUGCUACAGUUCUGGAGGAUGUGUUGAAGACCAGAGAGGGGGGUGAACUGCCCAAGACCCUGACUGAGAUGUACAUCCACUUCCUGGUGGUUCAGUCCAAACUGAAGAACAUCAAGUAUGAUGGAGGAGCUGAGACAGAUCCACACUGGAGUCCAGAGAGCAGGAAGAUGAUUGAGUCUCUGGGAAAACUGGCUUUUGAGCAGCUGCAGAAAGGCAACCUGAUCUUCUAUGAAUCAGACCUGACAGAGUGUGGCAUUGAUAUCAGAGCAGCCUCAGUGUACUCAGGAGUGUUCACACAGAUCUUUAAAGAGGAGAGAGGACUGUACCAGAACAAGGUCUUCUGCUUCAUCCAUCUGAGUGUUCAGGAGUUUCUGGCUGCUCUUCAUGUCCAUCUGACAUUCAUCAGCUCUGGAGUCAAUCUGCUGGCAGAAGAAGAAUCAAACUCCCAGAAGUCUGAAACAAGAAAAGAUGAAUCUGCAGAGACACAGUUCUACCAGAGUGCUGUGGACAAGGCCUUACAGAGUCCAAAUGGACACCUGGACUUGUUCCUUCGCUUCCUCCUGGGCCUUUCACUGGAGACCAAUCAGACUCUCCUACGAGGUCUGCUGACACAGACAGGAAGUGGCUCAGAAGCCAAUCAGGUAGUGGUCAAGUACAUCAAGAAGAAGAUCCAUGAGAACCCCUGCCCUGAGAGAAGCAUCAGCCUGUUCCACUGUCUGAAUGAACUGAAUGAUCAUUCUCUAGUGGAUCAAAUCCAACAGUACCUGAAAUCUGGUAGCCUCUCCACAGAUUACUUGUCUCCUGCUCAGUGGUCAGCUCUGGUCUUCAUCUUACUGUCAUCAGAAAAAGAUCUGGACGUGUUUGACCUGAAGAAAUACUCUGCUUCAGAGGAGGCUCUUCUGAGGCUGCUGCCAGUGGUCAAAGCCUCCAACAAAGCUCUACUGAGUGGCUGUAACCUCUCAGAGAGAAGCUGUGAAGCUCUGUCCUCAGUUCUCAGUUCCCAGUCCUCUAGUCUGAGAGAGCUGGACCUGAGUAACAACAACCUGCAGGAUUCGGGAGUGAAGCUUCUGUCCACUGGUUUGGAGGGUCCACAUUGUAACCUGGAAACUCUCAGGCUGUCAGGCUGUCUGAUCACAGAGGAAGGCUGUGCUUCUCUGGCCUCAGCUCUGAGCUCCAACCCCUCCCAUCUGAGAGAGCUGGACCUGAGCUACAAUCAUCCAGGAGACUCAGGAGUGAAGCUGCUGUCUGCUGCACUGGAGGAUCCACAGGGGAGACUGGACACUCUCAGAGCCGACCCUGCUGGAGUCCAGUGGUUGAACCAAGGCUUGAGGAAAUAUUCCUGCAAACUCACACUGGAUCCAAACACAGCGCACAAAUUUCUCAAACUGUCAGAAAACAAUAAAAAGGUGACGGAUCUUAGGAAGGAGCACCCGUAUCCCGACCACAAGGACCGGUUUGACUACUGGCCUCAGGUGCUGUGCGAGAACGGUCUGACUGGUCGCUGUUACUGGGAGGUGGAGUGGAGCGGGAAGGUGUACGUCGCGGUGAGUUACAGAGGAAUCGGACGGAACGGAGACAGCGACGGCUCCAAGUUCGGAGGCAACGAUCAGUCCUGGAGUCUAACCUGCACCGACGGGGGAUAUAACGCCUGGCACAAUAACAGCGGGACGCUCAUCUCCUCCUCCUCUGUCUCUAACAGAGUAGCAGUGUAUGUGGACUGUCCUGCUGGCACUCUGUCCUUCUACAGAGUCUCCUCUGACACACUGAUCCACCUCCACACCUUCAACAGCACAUUCACUGAACCUCUUUAUCCUGGGUUCGGGUACGGGGUGAAGUUCAACUCCUCUGCAUUUCUGUGCCCACUGUAGAGCCUCCUCAUCUCCUCUGUCCUCCUGCCUGUGGCAGAGAAAUCAAUCUCUGUACGCCAUCUUGAAGGACGUCAAAAUGUAGUUUGAUCAGUAUACACUGUAUCUUUAUGGAUGAUAUUGAUCAGAAUACACUGUAUCUUUAUGGAUGAUAUUGAUCAGUAUACACUGUAUCUUUAUGGAUGAUAUUGAUCAGAAUACACUGUAUCUUUAUGGAUGAUAUUGAUCAGAAUACACUGUAUCUUUAUGGAUGAUAUUGAUCAGUAUACACUGUAUCUGUAUGGAUGAUAUUGAUCAGAAUACACUGUAUCUGUAUGGAUUAUUGAUCAGUAUACACUGUAUCUGUAUGGAUGAUAUUGAUCAGAAUACACUGUAUCUUUAUGGAUUAUUGAUCAGUAUACACUGUAUCUUUAUGGAUGAUAUUGAUCAGUAUACACUGUAUCUUUAUAGAUUAUUGAUCAGUAUACACUGUAUCUUUAUGGAUGAUAUUGAUCAGUAUACACUGUAUCUUUAUGGAUGAUAUUGAUCAGUAUAUACUGUAUCUUUAUGGAUGAUAUUGAUCCUGUAUUGACAGUCAGACUGUGGACAUAUGACGGCCUUUAGCUCGUGUUUCUAGAGUUACAUGUUGUUAUGGACACGUUAGGAAUUUAAAUGUGAUAUUUCUUAAAGGGAGUUUGGUGGAAAAUUAACAUCCACGCAUUUUUGUCACAUUAUGCCAAGUUGCUGUCAGUCAUUUAAUUAGCUGUCAGGCACUUCCUGUCAGAGACUAUAAAAACAUUGUAAUGUGUUUUAUGUUCACAUUUAUGGGGAUUAUUAUGUUAAAAGAUAUUUAUAUUUUUACUGUGCGUCUGUAUUAAGUAUUUAAAUAUAUCUGUAUAUGUUUUGUCUGGCAUUUAAUGUCCAGAAGAAAUAAAGUUUUUUUUAACUCUUUAAGAGUAAAUCUUUAGUCAAAUUGUACCUAUAUUUAACAAUUUAUGCCAAAAAGAUUACCAAAUUUAAAAAAGGUAAAAAAAUAAUUCAUAUUGAAAUCACAAUUUUUAAGUAACUUGAUUACUUUCCGUUACUUUAGGAUUACCUCAACAUCAGAUAUGUAAAUUAAAACUUAAAGAGAAAACUGAAGAUUUUUACAUUAAAAUGUGACCUCUGCCCUGUAUCUGUAGAGAUAAAAACUGAUGUAUUAUAAUCCUGCAAAUUAAUCUCUACUCAAUGUAACUGUAAUCUGAUUAUGUCUUUUUCUGGUAACUGUAACAGAUUAUAGUUACCUUUUUUUGUAUCCUGACUACUCAGUUACAUCUAAUCCAUUACUACCCAAGCCUGCAAACAAUGCUUAUAAUGGAAAACAGAAAUAUUGAAAGUAAAAGUAUUACAAGUUUGAAAUUACUACAUUAAUAAAAGUAAGGAAAUAUAUUCAGAAGUAGUUUUUUGUAACAUACAAUGUAAACUAUAUUGUGUUAUAUAUUCUUACUGUGUGUCUAUAUUAUAUAUAUUUACAUACAUUUGUCAAUGUCCAGAUGAAAUAAAAACUGUCUUUUAACUCAGUCAUAUUGUACCUUUAUUAAACGAUGGAUGCCAAAACAAA